CCUUCGCAGGUGCUGUUCCGGCUGGUCACCUUCGGGCUGAACGCCUUCACUCUGCGCUACCUCUCCAGAGAGCUGAUUGGUGUGGUCAACGUGAGGCUAACUCUACUGUAUUCAACAGUUGUCUUCCUAGCCAGGGAGGCAUUUCGCAGAGCUUGUUUAAGUGGAAGUACAAAGCGAAACUGGACCAAAACAAUGAAUCUAUUGUGGCUGACAGUUCCUCUUGGUGUUUUUUGGUCUGUUUUCUUGGGCUUAGUCUGGCUGCACUUGCUUGAAGUACCUGAUCCUUCUGUGGUUCCUCAUUAUCAGGCUGGUGUAGUGGCAUUUGGUCUUUCUGCAAUUAUCGAGCUUCUGGGAGAACCGUUCUGGGUUUUAGCACAAGCUCAUUUGUUUGUGAGACUUAAGGUAAUUGCUGAAAGCCUUUCAGUACUGUCAAAAUGCAUUUUGACGGUUGUUUUAGUAGCCCUUUAUCCUCAGUGGGGCCUCUAUAUUUUUGCCUUUGCUCAGCUUUUAUAUGUCAGUGUUCUGGUAAUGUGCUAUGUAAUUUAUUUCAAGAUGUUUUUGGGGUCUCCUGAAGCAACAAAGAAGUCAUUUCCAGUUGCUAGAAUGAAAGCUCUGUUACCUAACUUGGUGGAAGAUGAGACCUUUGUUAACUGGAAGGAAGCACGGUUGACUUGGAGUUUCUUCAAACAGUCCUUCUUGAAACAGAUUUUGACAGAAGGUGAACGAUAUGUGAUGACUUUUUUGAACGUGUUAAAUUUUGGAGAUCAGGGUGUAUAUGAUAUCGUGAAUAAUCUUGGUUCACUGGUGGCCAGGUUUAUCUUUUUGCCUAUUGAGGAGAGUUUUUAUGUCUUUUUUGCUAAAGUGAUGGAAAGAGGGAAGAAUGUAAAGGAUCAGAAGCAGGAUGAUGUUGCUAUGGCUGCAAAUACAUUAGAAUUGCUGUUGAAGCUUGUGCUUCUGAUUGGCCUUACCAUUACUGUUUUUGGCUAUGCCUAUUCUCAGCUGGCUUUGGAUAUUUAUGGAGGCUCAAUGCUCAGUUCUGGAACAGGCCCAGAUCUCCUUCGAUGUUACUCUUUAUAUGUCCUAUUUCUUGCCGUCAAUGGAGUAACAGAAUGCUUUACGUUUGCUUUGAUGUGCAAAGAGGAGGUAGACAGGUACAAUUUUGUUAUGCUGGCCUUGUCCUUCACGUUUCUGUGCAUCUCUUAUUUCUUAACCCACUGGCAUGGCAGUGUAGGCUUUAUCCUUGCCAAUUGCUUUAACAUGGGUAUUCGAAUAGCUCACAGCAUCCACUAUAUCUACGAUUACUUCAAAGAAAGCACUUACAGACCUUUGACAGGCUUGCUUCCCUCACCAUUUUUGGUACUUGUUUAUAUUAUAAGUGGAGUAAUCACUGGUUUCUCAGAGGUGUUCUGCUGCUGCGAUAAGGGUUGGAUGGCAAGGCUGAUUCACAUCAGCAUGGGGGCUCUGUGCUUUGCAGCAACCAUCAUUACUAUGUUCUGCACAGAGACCAAGCUGAUCCACUUUGUCAGAAGCCAGUUCCUCUCCCGGUAUAUGAAGAAAGGAACGUGA